GGGCCACACACGGACUCUGCUUUUGAUCAGGUGAUGUCUUUCUUUCCAUCUAAUUCAAAGAUGGAUUAUUCUGUUUACAGGGCGUUUGGACAGGUGCAAAACACAGAGAGAUCAAUGAAGCAGAAGCCAACUAAACAUCCCUAUCAUUGCCAACACAAGUGGACAUGCAAAGCAAACUCUAGACUAAACUUAUGCCGUAAUGACUGGGUGCAGAUGAAAGAGAAAUUUUAUAAAUUUUUUGAAACUUUUAAAUCCUGGAUCGAGAGCCAAAAAUCAUGUUCAAUAAUGAAAUCCCAUCUCUUGAUGAUCCAAGACGAGGCUGAACUGGAUUUCGUGCAGAACAGGAUACAAGAUGGAGUCUACUAUUGGAUUGCAUUGAACAUUACACAUCCACAAAAGACAUGGGCCUGGCUGGAUGGCACCCCAUUAAAUCCACAGUUAUUUCACGUCAGGGGCCAGGUUGAAGAUCAUGCCUGUGCUGUGAUAACAAAGACGGGUGUUUUUGCUGAAAAGUGUCACGGUCAGAGUUACUGGAUUUGUCAAAAUGUGAUUUCUUCAGAUGAAGACCUCUAAAUUGAUCACAAGUAUCUUUUUCAUUAAAAAAAGUUCACUUUAUUUAUGUAUUUUUGUAGAAACACUUUCUUUUUACAACAAAUAUAUGGCGAUAAUGAUGAUAAUGGUGUAGAUUUGUGUCACUAUAAAUCCAGGCAGUCAACCUCAACUUAGUCCUUAUCUGUACCUGGUCACUUACACUGUAUUUCUGUAGUCAUCUCCCAUUCAUGAUAGCGGCUAUUUCAGACAGAAACUAUCCUUUUGUCACCUCAAUAAUUCUCUCUCUGAACCUCUCAUUCACCAUGAGCAGGGAAGCUUGUUUGUUUUCUUUUUUUUUAAAGAGAAGACAUCAGAUGAUAUAUUCCUGAACUUUCUACCAUUGAGUCUACACAUUUGUCUGCAUCUUACUUAUUACUUUUUCCUCUCCUCCUUCCAAAAAAGCUGUAUCCCUCUUCCUAUCUAAAUUAAAUCUCUAAGCCUGUAGUCAGGACUGCAUCUCUUUAAAUUUUUUCAAGGAAAUCCCUUCCUUGAUUACCUCCCCUCUAACUUCUUUCUUCUUAUGGUUCCUUUUUCUAUCAGCAACUAAAUGUGGUAGAGCAACAAGAAAACUUUCCCUCAACCACAUGUGGCUUCUAGUUUCUGUCCAUUUUUUUCCCCACCCCUUAUAAGUCAAACUUCCUAAAAAUUGUUCGCUUUUUCCUCUUUCUACCUACCACUUCAAGUUCUAAAAUGUGACUUCUGUUUUUCCUACCAUUUCACUCAAGUGUUCUUACCAUGCCACCAAUGACUUUCUUCU